UUUGUUAUUUUGUAUUUAUUAUCAUUCUAUAAUUUUUCAAUUACUUAUAUUUAAAAAAUAAAAAAUUUCAUACUUUAAAUAUUCAUGAGACAUUUCCUUUAAACUAAAAUGAAAGAAGCAUGUUAUUAAAAGGCUUUGCAAUCUUUGUUUUUCAAACAAUGUUUAUGUUACCGAUGCAAUUGCAGAUCUAUUAUUCAAAAAUAAGGCAAACAAAAGCCUAUAUCAUCAGUCCAUCACUGCAAUGAAUAAUCGGUAAGUUUGAAUAAAUUCACGCGCUGCAAUUUUUUGCCAACGGUCAGAAAAUUAAUUGAUAAUUUACAAUUUAAUGAGCAUUAAUUAACGAAAAAGAGUAUAAAGAAAAUAAUGCAGCAUGCAGGCCGAUGCGACAAGCCGAUAAUUUAAAGUUUAAAUGAUUUCACUGUGUUACCGCCCAAAUUAGCGCGAUUGAUUUGAUCGUCAUUGGUGCUUCAAAAUAAUAAGGUAAAGAUUGGAUCGAAUAUGACAAAGUGAAAAAAAGAUACUGUAAUUUUAAUAAAAGCUAUUGUAAUUAUAGUGUUUAUUAUAUAUUAGUAAUAAUAAUUAUUUAUAUCAUAAAUAUUAGUAAAUUUUGUUUUUAUUGAUAAUAUUUAAAGUAAUAUUUAAAUUAAAUUUAUUAUUAUUUGUAAAACCUUCUCAUUGUUUUCCUUAUUCGAUUUAGCAAUACCAAGUAUUUUUACACUGAAAGUUUUACUAUUUCAAGUAACUUUUUUCACUUUGUGUGUGUAGUAUUUACCUUUAAUCCUUUGUGAUUAAAUUUUAUAUUCCAUUAAAAUAUUAUAUACCAUUUAAGUUAGAAUAAGAAAAUAGUAAUACAAAAAUAUGUAUUAUUUGAUAAAACAUUUUUUUCUUCAAACAGCACAAUAUUUGCCUUUCUUCUUUUUUUUUUUUAAAAAGUAAUUUUAAUCAAAUAUGCAUUUUGUUAAGCAUUUUGUAAAUAAUAAUAGUAUAUAUCAAAUAUGAUUCCAAUUUAACAUGAUUGUGAGCAAUUAAUGCUAUACAGAUCACUCAUUGUUAUACUAUUAUAAGUAAAACAUUUAACUAUUACCCUCACCAUCUUUUAUAAUUAUAAUAUAAAAAUCUAAAAAUGAUGAUUCUUUUAUUACGCAAUGUUUUAGGAAAAAGUAUUUGUACCUAUUUGAUCAUACAUUAUAAUUCUUAAAAAAUCUCAAGCUAUUAUGAUUAUUCGUGUAUUUUGGUGAUUAUACUUUGUUCUUAAAAUAAUACUACUUACAGACGUAAUACUAGGAAACAUUAUUGUCGGAACACACAAACAAAUGAUUAUUAUGUUGAUGUAAUAGUGAUAUAAUAGAAAUUACGCUCAUCGCCUUUGCAUGUUUUGCGCAAAACAAGUUUCGUACUAUUUCUUAUUGUAUCAUCAUGUUAUCUAACAUCUUUUAAUUCUUGUUUUCUUAUCUUUAAAAGCAUGAACUACAUUUAUUGCAUUUUAUGAAUACGCACGCGGAAAACAGGUUCAGAACCAGUCAAAAAAAAAUUAAUAGUGUGCCAGAAAUAUAAAUAAAUAAUAUUAGUAAAGACAUACUGUCUUAGAUAAAUUUUAUUAUUAUUAUUAUUUAAUUGACGUCAAAAUUAAACGUAUCUGUCAAUUCAUAAUUUUUGCCUGUCUCUUUCUAUUUUCAUCGCCUAAGUGAAUUGAUCCAUCGCAUCAACUAGCGUGUAAAGAUAAUCAUCUUGAACGAUAUCAACGACACAUUAAAUUAAAGUUGUGAUCAUUAUCUGAUGAGCGCAAUCUAAUUUUUCCUCAAGAUUCAAUGUUUCAACCAACGUAUUUAAUAUUAUAGAUAUCAAUCACAACAUUCCUAUAUCUGCUGAUCUAAGAAGGUAUUAUUAAAAAAUUUUUUUUUACAAUAGACGUAUAUAUCUAAUAUCUAAUAUAUUUUGUUACAAAUUUUUAUUUUUACUAAUAUUCAUGGUAUUAAUGUACAAACGUUUUAUUCGACCAUUAAUUAGUAUUAAACAACAUACUACUACCUCUAUUAGAUAUUACGAAGUCUAAUUUACUGAUGAAAUUUCCGUAGUUUGCGUGCUUUAAUGUUAAACUUGCCGAGCAAUUCUUUACGUAAUAAUUCUCAUGCGUUUUAGAACAUGCAAUGGAAGCGGACACAUUCGUCAGUCAGACCUUGUCGAACGUUCAUGACAAUUUGGACCUUGCGCUUUAGAGUUUUCGAAGUAUAAAAAAGUCGUGUAAAUUUUUUACUCUAAUAGAAAUUUCAAAAAUUUAAAUAGCACGAUUAAAGAAUUUUCAAAAAAUUUAAGUGGUGAUUAAAAUUCAAUUUUUCAUCAAACGGUGUAAAUUUUACAGGAUGGAUAUAAAUACCACUAAUACAAUUGUUGAAAACGAAAUUAACAGGUUACAAUGGGCAGAUUAUCUUGUGAUCGGUGCAAUCAUGUCGAUCUCUGUCAUUAUUGGGCUCUACUAUCGAUUUAGCGGUGGUCGACAAAGUACUGCAGCGGAAUACUUCAGCGCGGACAACUCAUUAGGUAUUUUACCCCUCUCAAUCGCAAUGAUGGCCUCUCAUAUAUCAGGAAUUACUAUGCUUGGAAUGAGUGGGGAAAGUUACAUCCGCGGCCUGAUAAUUGUAUUAUUCUAUACAGUCGGCCUUUACACUGUGCCGAUUAUAGCCUUUUGUUAUCUGCCAGUCUUCUUCGAGCUGAAGGUCGUAAGCAUUUAUGAGUAUCUAGAAAAGCGAUUUGGUUUGUACAUGCGAUUGCUCGUAAGCGCGGCUAAUUUCACCGAAACGUUGUUACUAACCGGUGUGAUGUUGUACGCUCCUGCAUUAGCUCUAGAAGCUACUACGGGUUUGUCUAGUACCAUGAGCAUUUUAGUACUCGGCGUAAUUUGUACCUCUUAUUCUACAUUGGGUGGCAUCAAAGCGGUUUUGAUUACCGACAUCUUCCAGGGCUUGCUUAUGAUAAUUGCCCUCUCCAUCAUCAUCAUCGCCAUUGCCCAAAACAUUGAUGGAGGAAUCGGUGGCAUUUGGCGUAUCGCACAAGAGGGACAGCGUAUAGAUUUUUCUGAAACGACUUUAGAUCCGACUGUACAAUACACGUGGUGGAGUCUUUUAAUUGGAGGAGGAUCAAUAGGUCUAGCUUAUGUUGCCGUUAACCAGGUGCAAGUUCAACGUUUAAUGACUGUUAAAAGUGUAAAAGUGGCCAUAAAUGCGCUAUUACUGUGUGGUCCAUUUAUCCUAUUGGUAGGCUUUUUAACAUGCUUCGCCGGAUUGGCAAUUUAUGCGGUUUAUAAAGAUUGCGAUCCUGUUGUUUCCGGAAAAAUUUCAACCUACGACAAAAUAUUGCCCCAUUUCACCGUGGAAAAUUUAUCACCUGGAGUAGUUGGUAUUAUCGUUUCUGGUGUUUUCAGCGCCAGCCUGAGCACGAUUUCCGCUAUGAUGAAUUCGUUAGCCGCGGUAGCACUAGAGGACUAUGUAAAGCCAAUACAUCGAAAAUUUGGAAUACAUUUUUCUGAUGAAAAGGCUACUUUCACAGCCAAACUUCUUACUGUUUUAAAUGGUAUUAUUUGUAUGUGUUUAGCGCUACUCGCAAAAACAAUGGGCAGAAUAGUGGCCAUUGCCUUUAGCAUUCACGGAGCUAUCGGCGGGCCGAUUUUAGGUAUUUUUACUCUCGGAAUGUUCAGUGAAAAUGCUAAUGAAAUAGGAACUAUCAUUGGCAUGAUUACGGCAUUAAUCGUCUGCUUGUGGGCCGCUUUUGGGCAACCUAAGCCACCAGUUCCAAUGUUACCUGUAUCGACCAAAGGUUGCGUGAAUUCUACAGCAUUGAUGUUUACUGAACAAAUAGAUUUUAACAGUACUAUACAGCCGGAGUCAUCGUACUUCUAUUUGUAUCGCAUUUCUUAUUUAUGGUAUAACCCUAUGGGAUUGACAAUUACUCUAAUAGUUGGAUAUGUGGCUAGUAUUACAGUUCGGCUUAUCCAGGGUGGAAAUAAUAUCGAACACGAUCCAAGUCUGUUUGUACCAUUUUUGGCUGCCAGGAUCAGACGGCGACGCCAGAAUGCACAAAAAACCACAAACAGUCAAAUCUUUGUUUUGGAACCGAGCCGUAUAAGAUGAUUUUGUAAUAAAAUAAUUCACUUUUAUUUUAUAACUAUUAGAAAAAUGCAUUAUUUCAUCUAAUCAAACAGAAUAAUUCAUCUCAUUAGAUCAAACAGUAUAAUUCAACAGUUCAAUGAUCGAUACAAUAACUGACUGACUGUAUAAAUAGAUUAAUAAAACAAUAUUACAUAUCCACAAUUAAAUCUUAUCCUAUUCCAUUGAUUUUUAAUUAAUUAAUUCAUUUUUAUAUAUCUAAACAAAUGUAACAGAUGUAUGCAUAAUCAUAAAUAAUGUUACUAUUUAUUAUUAUUCAUGUUUUGCAUAGAAAAUUUUGCAUGUAUUAUUAUAAAA